CAAGUAGGGCAAAAAUAAAGCAAGAUGGCGACGCGUAAUGUGUGUAAUUAAGAAGUCGAAAAUCAAGUAAAAAAAUUCUUCAGCUCUUUUAUUUUAUGUGUAAAAAUUCGAAAAUUUUAAAAGUGAUUUAAAUAUUUAAACAAACAAAAUGUUAUUAAAACCAACAGCUAAUUUUUUGCCAAUGAAAAAUGUGCCUAAUAAAGGAAUAUAAGCAAAAACAACAAAUGCUUAGUAAAAUCAUUAAAGAAAAACAAGCAAAAACAAAAAUAGUGACACUAACAGUUUAAAAGAGAAAAAAAGCUGAAAUUAAAAAGAAAACAAAAAAAUCAAAAUAGCAGUGUGUGUAAAUUCUGGCCGAGAAGACUGCGGUAGAAAAGCUAAAUUAUAUUAAUAAUAUUGUGGUAGUGUUAAGGAAAAGCGUCCGGAACGCUUAAACACUACGGCAACUAUGUCUUCUUCAGCGGAACAGAAUAAUAGAACACAAAAGGAUGUAUUAUAUGGCCAAACGAAUGGCAUAACUCCAACUAAUGCUAAUAACAACAAUAUUAACAUCUCUAGCAAUUUGGUAGCUAAUAACUUAAACAAUAACAAUAAUAAUGGACACAAUACAGAACAGCCUCAAACGAAAAGGCAAAAAAUAGAAAAAAUUAAAAAUCAAAAUUGCAGUUCCAAAGCAAAGUUAUCACCACCUCCAGAUAUUCUAGAUACAGGAGAAAAUAACAAAAAUCUAAGCUCUUCAUGUUCAUCAUCAACGGAUAGCUCACCCAGCUCUACACCCUCAUCGUCUAGAGCAGCUUCCCUAACGCAGUUAUUAAAUGUACAAAAUUUAACACACAUGUUGCCUAUAACAAAUGGUCAUCAUCUUCAUCAUGUUCAGCAGCAGCAGCACCUACAUAAUCUACAUGAAGCGGAUGAUCUUAUGUCUAAUAGUUUAGUAAAUUAUACUUCUUCUUCUGCCUCCUCUUCCUCCGCAUCAUCUUCCAGCAGCAAUUCACAUGAUGAAGUAGAUCGCAGUACAUUACCUGACUUAUUAGCACUUAAUAAACACAGUCUUAAUGCCACCAAUCAUAAUGCCCGACUUACUUUUACACAACAACAUUUGGAUGAGCUGACCGCUUCACAAGAUAUGCGUGAAUUUGAGGAAUCCCUUAAUAAACAAUGUCUAUGUGGUGUCUCGGAACGUAUGCUAAGGAAACCGUUUCAAUCUCACUAUUCCCUGGAUGCCAAUGGCCAAAAGCGUGUGGCUAAUCUUAGCGAAUGGCCCACUAAUAAAUUACUGCAAUUUCUCUCGAAUCUACAGUUAAUGUUUGAUAUUUAUUUGAAACAAAACUCAAAGGGUUUCAUUUGUGCCCGCAUCAUGGAUGUUUGUGAUGCUCUCAUACGCAAUGAUCACAAUCUGAUCGAUGAGAUUAUAGUGUUGGCCGGCUAUAGUAAUGCGUAUGUACAGUUUUUGGCCGGACGUGUAUUGGCGUCUUUUUUGGUUAUAGCCAAACAGGAAAUGGAUGAUGAUUGGUUAAAGAAGUUGGUGGAUAAUUUAUUUAAUUUUGAUCGUUUAGAUCAUAAAGCGGUGCAAAAGAUACAUUUUAGUUUGGAAAUUAUUAAGCGAAUAGUCGAAUGGAAAGAUAUUGAUUUACAUCCGUUGGAGGAGGAAAUUGCUGAUACACAAAACGAUAGUCUACCUACUACGCCUUCCUCUGCUACAUUUCAAAGUAAUCAUCAUAAUGUUGCGGCAGUCGAUGAUAGCCAUCUGGGUUAUUUGCAUUUUCAAGCACAACAGCCCUCGCUAGAGUCCAACUAUUUUGCAGUACACUAUCGUUCCCAUGAAAGUCUGGCUGAGGGUCCCUCCUCCUCCUCCUCGUCCUCCGUAACAGCAACAACUAAUCAACAUCAUCCUUCUUCCCAUCCUCAUCAUCACUAUAACAAUUUGCCAAAUUCAGCUUUUCAUCAUCCUGCACAUCAUCUAACAACGUCUCAUCCUCACCUGAUACAGCAGCAGGGCUGUCAUUUAAUUACCCUUACAGACUCGGAAAGUUUUGAUACCACCCAUCUCAAGUGCAUUACCAUAAAAAUACUCGAAAAUAAAUGGCCCGCUUUGGUUAAGAACAUGUCAUCACUUAUAGCCAAUCAUUUAACGGUGGAGAAUGCCGAAAAUUGUAUAUUAAAUUUUCUCCAACUAUGGGAGAACAUUAUCUCGGUAAAGGCCAAUCUCUCGAUAGUAGAAACUCUGCCGUUUUAUGCUCAAUUGGAUAAGUUUGAAUUGUUACUAAAUCAAAAUCUAUCCUGUACGGUUUACAAGCAAAUGCUCUGUCUGUUUAAUGAGGCUCUUUGCUAUGGUUCCACCUUGGCCUUGCAGGAUAUGCUGCCUGAUGAGACUUGUAUGCUGGCCCAUCAAAUAGUGCGGCAUGUUAAGGAUUUUCGCAUUUUAGAAUCUCUACCUCGUCGUCAGCCAGAAAAUAUAGUGGGUCUUAUAGGUUUCAAAAGGAAACCCAUUAACUAUGGCCUAAAUACAUUACAGCCACAAUUUUCUCUUAACACGGAAAAUCCUUUAAACUCUAGCGAUGUUAUUGAAAUGGAUAAAACUAUUCUACAGAAAAUUGUUCUACUGGUGCUUAAAUCUAUUGCCGUUACUGUUAAAGAAAUACGCAGUGAUUCUUCAGAUUCUUCUAUAGACUCCACCGACUAUGAUGCCUUUCAGGAUAUGGUGCUAAUCGAACGUUCCAUACGUGAUGUAUUACGUAAAUUGGAAUCAUUCAUUAAACACACCUUGGAAUUUCAUCCGGAGUGUCAUUUUAGUAAAAUCCUUAUACAUUUAUUCGAUGAUCAAGAUGAUCAUCUUAUUGAGGCCAUGGUGUGUACGCUGGACGUCACGGCUGGCAUAUCAUUUCGAAAUAAUGCCUUUCCCGAACUAGUAUCAAUGCUCAAUCCGGUCUAUACGUUUCUAGAGUUCCUGAAAAUGAUAUCGAAUAGUUCUGAUUUACUGCUCGAUCUAUUGGUCAGUAAUGAGACUUGUUUUCUAUUAUAUCUUUUGCGUUUUCUUAAGUAUAUACGCAUGAAUUGGUCAAUGUUUGUACAGAGUUGUCAUGAUUUCGGUAUGGGCUCAACGACACUGGACGAAGCCAUGAGUGUUCUCAUACGUUUACGUUUGCAAAUAUCACGUCUAGUAUCGCGGCAACUGUAUCCCUAUGAUAUAUCACCGGUAUUACGUUUACUCGAGAGCUGUGAGAGUCUGUAUGAAGGUAAUGAACUUAGUUAGCCAGUUAUUAGUUAGUUUUUGUAAUUUUUUUUAUUUUUACCUUAUUUUAUAAGUCUAAAGAAAAUUAAGACGUUACAAAACACAAAUGGGCCUUAAAGUUUUUUUUUU